ACUCAUUACUCCCAUACAAUUAAUUCAUUCAUCACUCAUCAGUAAUAAGUGACUAAAAGCAGAUGCACUGCAAUUCUUCAACUUAGUAAGCAACCAAAUAUAUAUAGGUAGGGGCUGCUCUCCCUCUCCCUCUCACUGUGUGUGAAGAAACAAAGGAGAGAAAGAAUAAUGGCAAAGCGUGUAGAGGAAUGUCCAUUUUCAGCUGGCCAAAUGGAGGCCUUGACUGCUUUAUGCGACACCUUCCUUACCCUCCAUCUCUCUCUCUCGUGAUGAUCACCAGCGAUGCUUCAGUCUCUCAAUUCUUUCAAGCAUUCAGCUUCCAUGGCUGGAACUCCCCAAAAUCUGGCUGUGCUGAUGGGAGUAAAGAUCAAACACCCCAAGAUUUAUCUGAGCAAGAUUGCACUGUGGCUGCUGUCAACAUGGAUAGGCACCUUCAUAUUAUGUGGGAGGCAAAGUUUAUCUCCCCAUUUCCCAUAUUUCCAGAGGUUCUCACAGCUCCCAUCUCAAAACAGGCGACACAUUCUGCUCUCAUGGUCUCAGAGCCACUUGUUCCUCUUGAGACUCUUAUACACCGCCGCCAAAACCUUCACCCUCCUCCUAUACUUCUCUCAGGUGAAUGAGAAGGGAGAGAACAUUUCUUGGAAAGCAAUAGGCUACUGCAGGCCGGAUUUCAAACACGAGGAGAGGUCAAGCUCGAGCCCUUACUGCCGUGGUGUCAUCGAGUUAGGCCGUGACAAGGAUGCAGCCGAUUCGUGCCUGCAAAAAUCGGGCUUCCCGGUGUCUGUACCGCCUCCCAAGAGCACGACCACGACCCCAUCGCUCGUUAUCAAGUGCGAUGUGGUCGUAGUUGGCUCUGGCGCGGGAGGCGGGGUUGUGGCCGGAGUCCUCGCCAAAGCCGGAUACAAGGUGCUUGUGCUAGAAAAGGGAAGCUAUGUGCCGAGAAACGAGCUCUCACUUCUCGAGGGAGAAGCCAUGGAUGAAAUGUACCUCGGCCACGGGGCGUUGGCUACCGAGAACAUGGACGUUAUCAUACUCGCAGGCUCCACCGUGGGUGGCGGCACCACCAUAAACUGGUCGGCCGCCAUCCGGACUCCACCGCAUGUUAGAAAAGAUUGGAGUGAAAACUAUGGACUAGAGCUUUUUGGUAGCAAAAUGUAUGACAACGCAUUGGAUGUGGUGUGUGAGAGGAUGGGAGUUCAAUCCGAAUUUGAGGAGGAAGGGCUCAACAACAUGGUGUUGAGAAGAGGGUGUGAGAACUUGGGCUACGACGUCGAGACCAUCCCGCGAAACGCGCCGCCCGAUCACUACUGCGGCUCGUGCUGCCUCGGCUGCAAAGACGGCAAGAAGAAGGGCGUGACGGAGACGUGGCUCGCGGACUUGGUCGAGUCGGGCAACGGGAAACUCCUCCCCGGGUGCGAGGCCACGGAGGUCGUGGUCACGCGCCGGAACGGCGCGAGACGCGCCUCCGGGGUGGCGUUCGCGUUCCGCAACGGCGACGGAGGGGGGGCGAGGGAGACGGCCUUCGCGGAGGCGCGGGCGACCGUGGUGGCGUGCGGGGCGAUCUGCACGCCGCCGCUCCUGAGGAGGAGCGGCCUCCGGAACGCGAGCAUCGGGAGGAACCUGCACCUCCACCCGGUGGUGAUGGGGUGGGGCCACUUCCCCGACGGCGCGUGGCCGGAGGCCGCCAAGAGGAGCUACGAGGGGCCCAUCAUGACGGCGAUGACGAGGGUCGUCGCCGAUCACGAGGGGUCGGGGUCGGGGUACGGGACGAUCAUCCAGACCCCGGCCCUGCACCCGGGGAUGUUCUCCGCCGUGACGCCGUGGCGCUCGGGCGGAGACAUUAAAACGAGGCUGCUCAAGUUCUCGAGAACGGUUCACAUAUUCGCACUGGCAAGGGAUAGAGGAUCGGGAGCUGUGACGAGUCCGGAUCGGAUCAGUUACAAAAUGGAGGGUUGUGAUGAGGAGAACUUGAGCAGGGGGCUGGAGAGGGUGCUGAGGAUUCUGGCGGCGGCGGGGGCGGAGGAGGUGGGGACGCAGCACACAGGGAAGGUGAUGAAGGUGAAGGGGGCGAGCGCGGAGGAGGUGGAGAGGUUCGUGAAGGAGGAGAGCGCGAGGCCGUUGAGGAAGCUGGCGAGCCCCAUAUGCUCGGCGCAUCAGAUGGGGAGCUGCAGGAUGGGGGUGGACCCGAGCGAGUCGGCUGUGGGGCCCACGGGGGAGACGUGGGAGGUGGCGGGGCUCUACAUUGCGGAUUCCAGCGUGUUUCCGACUGCGCUGGGCGUGAAUCCGAUGGUGACGGUUCAGGCUAUUGCUUACUGCACCGCGCAAUCGAUGCUUGAAGCUCUGGCCAUGAACAUGAACGUCAACGUGUAGAUUCAAGUUUAUUACUAUUUAUGUGGUUUUGUAGUUGAUUGUAAUUUGCCUCUUGGCCCUGUGCGCCUCAUGUUUGGAAACUAGUAAGUAUUAGGUGGUAUUCAAAUCGCAAAAGCUUUUGUGUAGCCAUCUGCAUAAGUUGUUGAAUUGAUUUUUAUGUAAUUUGAGAUUA